UCAUCAUGAAUACGAGAUUGAAUAGAAAGAGUUAGAAGAUGCAGGAAAAACAUCUCUCGAAUCCCGAGUUUAAAUGGUAACUAAAUAGAAGUUCAUGCUUCCAUACAAAAGUGAAAAUGAUGACAACUUCAAAUGCAAACAAUCUUUGGAUGGGAGAUCUGGAGCCAUUCAUGGAUGAGAUGUUUAUUACCAGUGCAUUUGCAGCCAUGGGGGAAACUGUUGUCAAUGUCAAACUCAUGAAAAAUAAAUCAACUGGGGCAAAUGCUGGCUAUUGCUUUGUCGAGUUUGAAAAUGGAUCAGUAGCAGAUGCUGUAUUGAAAAAGUUGAAUGGUCUUCCUGUUCCUGGUACCAAUCCAAUUAAAAGAUUCAAGCUUAAUUAUGCUGUAUAUGGAAAAGACCAUGGCCAGGGAACUGAAUAUUCAUUGUAUGUUGGUGAUCUUACAUCAAAUGUGACUGACUAUAUGAUGUUGGCCUUCUUCCAAGCUCGGUAUCAGUCAGUUCGUGCUGCAAAAGUUGUUACAGAUGCUUCAGGAAAGUCGAAGCGUUUUGGUUUCGUUCGUUUCUUUGACGAAAGUGAACACCGGAGGGCGUUGUAUGAGAUGCAGGGAGCCGUUGGAUUAGGAAGCAAGCCUAUCAAGGUGAAUGCAGCAGUGCAGAAAGGCCAGUCAAAACAAUCGAAUGAUGCAUCAUCGAUGAAUCAAUAUUACCAGCAAUAUCAACAACAAUAUCAACAGUAUUUGUCGUAUUAUCAACAAACUGGAGCCUACCAACAACAAAGUGGAUCAGGCCAGUAUUACUCGCAACAUUACGGACACCAGGGACAAACGAGCGUGAAUUCACAAGCUGACGAUCAAGAACUUGUAGAUCCGAACCCUGAGUUGAAUGUCGCUGAGAUAAACAAGGAGUUCAUGGAGACCCACAAGCGGUUGUAUCACGAGCUUGAAGAAGCAAGAUGGAGUCCUCUGGAAACAUAUGCAAGUACUGUACCUACCCCUAAAGUACUAACUUGAUAAUAGUUUAUUCCCCCUGGCCUCUGACUAAUUGGGGAAGAAUAGUUUUUUGUUUGCUUAAAAGGCAGGUACUACAACGCGUCCUAUCCCUGCUAAAUUUACUUUGGAACGCCCUGUUGCACAAGUGUGUUUUUAAAAAAAUGUGAUUCUCGUAAAAAGGACCGACACUGAUUCUAGAGUUUAAUGUCAUGGGUAUCUUGAAGGAAUCCGACCUCACCAAGCCUCUUGAUAUUGUAUAAUUAAGUAUCAUAGCUAUAUUGAAUAAGUCUAUUGGACCAUUCCGGAUAUAAAAACCUUACAUAAAACAACAGGGAAAAGAAGGAUGAAGUAAAGAAUAUUCCAAAAUUUAGUCUAGUGUCCCAGUUGACUAAGAAAUUUUUUUUAGGACUUUCCAAGGAUCUUUCCAUGGUU